AUGUCGACGGACAGGACCGAUGACGCCGGAAAUGGCAAUGGUGAAAGUUCGUCGAUUGAUUCCAACAUUGCAUCCGCCUCUGUUGGCCGGCCCAGUGACGACCCCUACGAUCGACCCGAAUCCCCGCCGGUCCAGGAUGAGACACCCAAGCAUCGCCGUUUCUCUAUGCUGAGGUUCCGGAAUGCCUCCGACUCGCAGCUGUCGGCAAGGUUAAAGGCGCAGCAGCAAGUUGAGAAGCCUCCGCCCAUGCCACGACACGGCAGUCUCAUGCCCCAGAAGAAGCCGUCUCGAAUGAAACUUGCGACGAUGCGCAUGCGCAAGUCUGCGGACCUCCCGAGGCUGGAGCAAGAUACGCCUAAAUUAAUGCGCAUCUCCACCAAUAAGCAGGACCGGAGGAAAACCAUGACGGGUCUGUCCGAGGAUUCUUCCCAACAGUCUUCUGAAAAUGGCAAGCAGAUGGUGACCUUUGAGGAGCCGAGGCGGCGGCCGCAGACAUCGGCAGCAUCACAGCCAGGACCAAUGCCGCCAGACCAUAGCAACGAACAUAACUCACAGCAGCCCGUGCUUACAAACCGAUUGUCUGAAUCGGAAAGGUCGGAAGGAAGCUCAGGGGAACACGGUGUAUACCAGACCACGACAACUACGACCCACACGGUAUCCACGACAACCUUCUUCCGCCUACCGCGACGUAAGCCGAAACAGCGUGAGCCGCUGUUCCCUAUGUCACAUCUUCCACAGAAAGCCAAGACUCCUGCUUUGCAAUCUGCAGCCUCGACCUCCUCUCUAGCCCCUCGAGACUCAACCGCCUCGGCCACACCAUCAGAUGGGACUACCCUAGAUCCGGCACGCCCAUCCACUGGUUAUGAUAGAGCUACUCCUGUCGCAUCACCAACACAUGGUCCCAGCUACUUGAACCGGCCGUCUGGGUCUCCAGCCACCGCUUUGUUCCGACCUGGAUCACGUAAUUCUGGUCAAUCCUCACCGACCAGGACUCAUCUGGCUAACAGAGGAAGGUCUUCAACCAUGAGUUCACUGGGGCGAAACUCGGUUGACGAUCAUCAAUUUCCCGAAACAAUACGGACGUCUUCGUCCACCGGUCGCAAAAGCUUUGGUGAUCUCCUCGGGCUCAGCCGCCUACGCCAAAACCAGGACGGUCUCCGUCAUGGAAGUCUAACACCAGCAACGCCAGGGUCCAAUGCGUCCAAGAACAACUCGCUCCAGUUGACGAGAGAGGUUCCACCGGUAGUUCUGCCAGACCGCAGAGAAGAUGACACGCCAGCUAAAUAUUUGGCACGGCUUGAGGAAGUUCUCAAUCGCGGUGUCAUAGCAAGCGCAUUGUCCAGAGGAGCUGACCCCUUUUCCGCCUCUGUACUACGAAGCUACAUGCGCAAAUUCAGUUUUUUCGAGGAGCCCAUGGACAUGGCCAUCCGAAAGCUGCUGAUGGAGGCCGAGUUGCCCAAGGAGACACAGCAGAUCGAUAGAUGCCUACAAGCCUUUGCAAACCGGUAUCAUGAAUGCAACCCCGGUAUCUACUCAGCACCAGACCAAGCCUACUUCAUAGCAUUUUCUCUUCUUAUACUUCACACCGAUGUAUUCAAUAAGAACAACAAACACAAGAUGCAGAAGCCGGACUAUCUCAAAAACACCCGAGGCGAGGGUAUCUUUGAUGAUGUACUCGAGUGUUUCUACGACAACAUCUCAUACACACCUUUCAUACAUGUCGAGGAUGAUCUGGAUAUCAAUGGAGAGCGCCUCGUAGGGCACAAGAUGAAGAAGAAAUCCAUCUUCCCAAAUGGAGCCACAGAACCACUGAAAAAGUCCAAGGAUCCAAUUGAUCCAUACACUCUGAUUCUGGAUGGCAAAUUGGACGUGCUUAGGCCCCCCCUUCGAGAUCAGAUCCCACUUGAAGAGCACUACAGCUAUCUGGGCACUGCUACGGAUCUAGACUUGAAGGAGCUGCAAACUACGUUCUUCAAAACUGGCGUCUUGCAGAUCGUCUCAGCGCGGUCACGGCCCGACGCCUUCAUGUCUGAAAAGACAGUCUCAAAUCCCCAGGAAGCAAAUCCAGGCGUGGUGGACAUCAAAAUCACCAAGGUUGGGACUUUGUGGCGGAAAGAUCAAAAGAAAAAGAAAACGAGGUCUCCGUGGCAAGAAUGGGGCGCAAUUCUUACAGGGGCCCAGCUGUAUUUCUUCCGGAACACGGCGUGGGUCAAGAAUCUUAUGCACCAGUACGAGACCCACGUCAAGCACGGCAACGAGGGGAUCCCCCUUAUUUUCAAGCCUCCGCUUGAGCAAUUCAAGCCCGAUGCUCUAAUGUCAACUGAGGGCGCAGUUGCUUUGUUUGACGCAUCCUACAAGAAGCACAAGAAUGCAUUUGUGUACGUGCGUCACGGCGGGUUCGAGGAAGUACUUUUAGCCCAGAGUGAGGAGGACAGGAACGACUGGCUUGCAAAGCUGAACUACGCUGCAGCGUUCAGAACAUCGGGUGUCCGUAUGCGAGGCGUCGUGGGUGGCAACUACGAAGGUCAAAGUCGCCGGGCCAUCCGACGACUCGACAGUAGCGAGGUUACUCAAGUCAUUCAGACACCAACUGGGGAAGUGAGCAUUAACCGGGGCCGCAUCGACCACAAGAUGGCGCAAGACAUUCUGACAGCGCGGCGUGAGAUCAUGUCGCAGAGGAUCUCGGAAGCGGAUGAGAAGCUCCAGGCAGCGCAAAAACAUCUGGACUCGCAACUGAGAAAUGCUCGCCAUCUUUUGAUAUUGGCGCCUAUUCAGGAGAAGACGCGUGAUCAGGUCCGGGGAGGGGCUGCCAAGGUGAUUGCUCAGCUGAAGUGGUCGCGAACCGAGAUAUGGAGACUAAAAUGUCAUCGAGAUAUCCUCGUCAUGGAUCUCGAGGAGGAGAAGGCGGUCAAUGGGGACUUGGAAGACCUCCAAAGCGAGGUGGACACUUCGUCCGAGAAACCAUCGCUCCUCCACUUAGACUCCAAAGCAAGCUCUCACAAGACCCAGCAGCAAAGCCCACGGUCGCCACCACCGCUGUCCUUGUCCCGAUCGUCUGGGUCAGCGAAGCAUCAGGUCGAUGGGGAAUCUCCUGACAGCGAUGUUUUCCAGACGCCACCCACCAGUGCGACAGCACCAACCUUCCAGAGGCCACAACCUCGAGAUGUGCAACCCCUAGGUCCGGACCACGCAGGAUUGCGGAAACCCUCUGUAUCUAGUGUUGCAUCAUCAACCGCCCCGACGCCAUCUUCACCGCCCCGCGCAGUGUCGAGUCCUGCAUCGGGCCAGGACCGGAGCCCCAUCGAUGAACACUCAGAGGAGGAUGCCGGUGAACGGCAAGUGCUCGAGCAGGCAGGUCUUCUUGACAUUGAGCUGUCACGCACAUCAGACCGUCGCCCCACUUCAUCCCCCAUGGCAUCAGAAGAUACCUUUGAGCGCUCUAAACGAAUUAGCACCGCUAUUGCCGACAAGGAGAGACUUGACCGAAACAAACUGCGCCGCAGUUUGCAACGCACUCUUAGGGACAGUGCGGGGCAUCUUUCGCACCACCGCAGUAGGAAAGGGAAAGACUCUGCUUCGAGCACAGGAAUGUCGGACGAGACGAUCCGCGAGGAGGUUUUGUCCCGUGGGACCGGGAGCUUUACUGUGCAUGGCAAGAAGGCGUCCGUCAUCAAUUUUGGCUCGGAACUACAGAACAUGUCGCCCGAGGAACGCCUCCGCCAGCGGAAGCUGUCGCAGGUUGAAGACCAGCUACUCUCUCCUCUUUCGACGGAUGACGAUUUCCAGUCCUUUUUGGGGGACCCAUCGCCCACACGUGAGCGGCGCGAGUCGGUAGCCAGCGCCGCCACGGCCAGGUCAUUCCGGGAGCUUCAUCGAAAGUACUCGUCUGCACGCAGUGGCGGCCUUGUGGUGCCUUCGGAUGAGGACAGCGAUGCGGCUCUCAGUUUCUCCGACGGUCAUCGAACCCCCCUGCCUCCCCUUGAAGAUGGUUCGGGGGACGAGGCCGAGGCGACAUUGAGCAUAGCUCCGCCGAAGCAGGCGCAAUUCUUCACACCAGACGCAUCGAGCUCACCAGUCGAGGAGACUGGGGGCAAGGAGGGACCGGAACACGACGAGAUAACGGAAGAUGUUGACCGCCUGACCAGUCCGGCUAUUCAAAUUGUCAGUGCGUAA